UUGUGGAGGGGCCGGUCAAGAUGGCGGCCGGGCAGGGGGGCGGCGGCGGCAACAACGGCACCGGCAGCGGGAGCGGGACGGCGGCCGGGAGCGGAGCGGCGGGGCUGGGCAUCCCCGCGCACCUGACUCUCUCCUUCUCGUCGGGGCCGCACUGGGGCGCGGCGGCUCUGCCGCAGUCGCACACGGUGCGCAGCCUGGAGCGGGCCCUGGAGGAGGCGGGCAGCUCGGGCAUCCUGUGCCUGAGCGGGAGGAAGCUGCGCGACUUCCCCGGCAGCGGCUGCGACCUGAGCGACACCACGCAAGCAGUUGCAGGGCACCUCAGGCGUGGCUCCGGAGAAGCUCCUCCUUUGGUGAGUGGAAAGGAACCUUUGGUGUGUUGCAGCCGAGUGGCAGCCUGGUGGGCUGACUGAAAGUUCCUGUCAGUGUCUUUGCAGCAGCAGAAGCUAAGGGAUCCCUGGCUGUUUUCUCCUUUUUUGUUGGAGAGCUUUUGAACAGCUGCAGGAGUGAUUUUGCAGACAGAAGAUUCUGUGCUGCUUUUAGCCAUAGUGGAGUGUCUAAUUCACAAGUAUAAGUGGCAGUGUCUACUUUAGCCCACUGUUAGUUUGAACACCCUAGAAUGCUGUUUCUCCUUGGUGCAGCUGGAUGUGUAGCUGAGGAUAAAUAAGGCUAUAAAUGUGAUACAACUUCCUGUCCCUCACGCUAUUGUCUGUCCACAAAGCACAGAAGCUGCAUCAGGAGCUCCUCUAGCUCUGUCUGUCUCCAGAGAGGAGGCUAAAGAGCAGAAAGACCAGAAGGCUGGGGAGGAGGAACAAAGUGAACUUCCCUCUGUUCUCAGAGACCACAGUGAACUUGAAGAUGGUGGUGAAUUUCCCACCAUUCUGGAAGAUGACAGCAAAGCUCCAGCAGUGUGGAUUGAGGACAGGGAAUGUCUUGCAGUGUGGGAUGAGGAGUGGGAACAUCCUCAUCGCAGGAAGAAGGAGAGUAAUGAUCUCACAGUGUGGGAAGAGGAGGGCAGACAGCGAGUGGUGUGGGAAGAGCACAGUGAACAUCCCGCUGUUUGGGAAGAGGAUGGUGAAGCACCACCUUUUAGGGAAGAGGACACUGAACCUCUCUUUGUCUGGGAAGAGGACAUUGAACCUCCCUUUGUCUGGGAAGAGGACACUUUGUCUGGGAAGUGAACCUCCCUCUGUUGAGGCAUUGUGGGCUGAGCAUUCUGACAGCAGCCAGAGGGGAGAGGAGAGAGGUGCCUCAUGCAGCUGAGCACGUCUGCUUUCUGUCUUGUCUGCCAGAGCAGGGUGUGGGGUGUGUGUGUCUGAGCAUCAGCUGUGCUCAGUGUUCCUCUGCAGCUGAAUGUCACAGAGUCCUUUAUUGCCUUUGCCCACCUGAGUGUAAGGGGCUCAGAGCCCCAGAGGGUGGGGCUGCAUUUUGGCUCUCCUGUAAGGUGGGGUCUCCAUCUUGGAGUGCCUGCCUUUCCUGUUGUUUUUUUUCAGGGCAUACUGUGAGCAUGGUGGAGCCUGCCAAGAAACACAGUGAAGCUGAGCCAGCUGGCUAAGGGUAAAUUCAAGUCAGUAACUUCUUGGCAGUGAUAUCUUUCAGAGCAGGACAUGCUAGCGUGGUCUUAAUCUCUAAAAAUGUCAAUCUCUAAAAAUGUCAUCAGCUAAAUGCAUGGUGAUGAUCUCCACAAUGGGUGGCCAACAAAGUUUGGACCAGACCAAUGGUCUCCUGUCCAUGGGCAGACUUUGGGAGGGAUUGGGGUGUAUAAAAACUAACUGCAUCAUGUCUGGGCUGCUGCUGCUGGGGCCUGCCACUGUUCCCUUGCUCACUCGUCAGCCCUGGCCCCAGCCUACCUUCUCCCCUACUCUUUUCCUUUGUUGUGGGUGCUAGGAAGAUGAGAUUCUUGUUUCCAGAAACACCUAUUUUGCCCAUUUUUCAACUGUCUUGUUUGUUUCCGAAGGCUCUUUUAGCAAGGUUUUCCUGAUAGUUGACCACUUUUGUGCUAAGUGGUGCACAGCCUCUUCCUGUGGAUAACUGAGACUUGUGAAGUUACUGGUGGAAUUGCUGAGUUAAGGUGGUGCAAGUGUUGUGGUUCCAGACUGAUCUUGGUGUUCCUAUACCACGUUUCACAUGCUUGCCAUGAAAGGCAUCUCCUUUUUCACAUCUCCUCCUUUAGCCUGUGCAGAUUCCAAGGACAGUGUAGCUACAGGAAUGUCUCUCCAUUUUACUCUGUGUUCAUUUACAAGUGACCUGAAAGCAAAACUCCCCUGCAGUCUUUUCAUAAGGUCAUUUAGCUGUGCACAUUCUUCUCUGUGCCAUUGUCUUCUUUCAGCUACCUGUUGAUGAAGAUCUCUGGUUGGUGAUGGAGUACAUGGAUGGAGGAAAUUCACAGGAUGUUGCUAGACAGACAUGUCUGGCUGAAGGAGGGAUGGCAGCUGUCAGCUGUGAGGUGAGGGCUCCUGCUUGUGCUGCCCAUGGCUUGGACAUGAUGGUCCUUCGAAAGAGAUGGUGAGAACAGGAAUGGCUUCAUGCUCAGAUGUGUUGUUUUUAUGCCCUGGAGAAGAGACAGCCUCUUAAAUGAACUGCCUGUAAGUAUCCCUGCACUUCUGCUCUUUCUCUUCUAGUACUCUUUCAUACUGUUGUUGUAGUCUGUCACUCUCUCUUUCUUGAUUUUGUUUGCUGUUCUCAACUUUGUCUUGGACCCUUUGUCUGGAGUUUCCACUGCACUCCUUGCUGGUCAAAGCAAAGUUUCUGCUGGCAGCUUUGGGAAACUGUCCUUUCUUCUGUUGUAUAUUCAGGUUGUUAAUUCUUACCCUCGUGUUUUUUGAAUAAAAACUGUUAAACCUUAA